AUGUAUUGCUUCAUAGCGGUAUGUUUAAACUGGUGCAUCCUAGUUCUAGCAGCCGGUAGCUGCGGAAGGCGUAAAGUCAGGUUCUCAGUGACAAGCCUCCACAGCCAAGGCGUGCAGUGGUACCCCCUGGUGGUGCUCCUGGUGCUGGUGGCGUGUGCCCGUGGAGACCUGUUCUCCAAGGCCACGCGGACCAAGGCGGAUGAGCGGGAUCUGAGGAACAGUGUGUUCGACUUCAUCAUAAUCGGCGGCGGCACGGCGGGCUGCCUGCUCGCUAACAGACUGUCAGCUAUCUCUGAUUGGAAGGUGUUAGUCCUCGAGGCGGGUGUCGAUGAGAACGUAGACUUUGACAUCCCAGGAGUUCCCAGCAAGGAGUACCGACCUAUCCUUUGGAACUACAGGACCGAGAGGAAUGGUUACUCCUGCCUGUCGAGGCCCGGAGGCAGCUGCGAGGUGAAGACCGGCAAGGUCCUUGGCGGGUCCAGCGUCAUCAAUGACAUGAAAUACACCAGGGGAUCCAAAGUGGACUAUGACGGGUGGCACAGCACCGGCGCCCUCGGCUCCUUAGAUUGGAAGUUUGAUAGUGUAUUAGAACAUUUUAAGAGCAUUGAGGAUAAUGGUGACUACGACGUCUUAAUGAACUCGCACUACCACUCGCGCGGCGGUGAGAUGCACGUGCAGCGAUUUAAACACGUUGACCGAUACAUGGAGAUAUUCACUGCUGGCUUCACAGAGAUGGGACUCCGAACAAUGGACAUAAACACCAAUGUACAGGAGGCAGUCGUACAUAACCAGUUCGCUAUCUCAAACAAUACGAGGCUGAGCACCAACAGCGCUUUUCUCAAACCUGUGAGACAUAGAAAGAAUCUCCAAGUUAUAACCGGAGCCUACGUUACGAAAAUCGUCAUUGAUAAACAAGAAAAAAAUGUUGACGGCGUAAUUUAUGAAGUGGAAAAGGGAAAAGAACGACCGGCGUAUGCUAAAAGAGAAAUCAUUCUAGCAGCUGGAGCCAUCAAUAAUGUAAGACUGUUGCAUCUCUCU